UGCCUCGAGCGUCACGCCUCAAGAGUGGCCACCUCCAGGACAGUCGAAGGACUCGACGACUGGUACCAGCACGUGUGCCAGAUGCAACGACUGCAACCACUCCUCGUUGCUUCACGCUCCAUGGACCCGACUGCCGACCCGCCCGCGGCGGCACUCGAAAUGCAGGGCGCAAAGUGCACAAAUUGUGGGGCCAUGCUGCCGUUUGACGAGGUGGAGGCGCAUACGGCGCAGUGUGAGGAGAAUGCGCCUGCGCUGGCGUUGCACACGGCCGGCGGCGGGGAGUCCGGCAAGGAGCCUGGCGAGGAGGGGCGGCUCGUGCAUAGCGGCGGUGGACUGUCGGCGGCCGAGGUGGAGGCGCGGGCGCAAGCGGCGUUUGAGCACGCGGAAAUGCUGCGCGAGGCGCUGGUGGUGGCGGUCGAUGGGGCGCAGCUUGUGCUGCAGUCACCAGCUUGGGGGCUGGGCGAUGCGGUGGCGGGCUUGCUUGCGGUGACGCGGUUCACGCUCUCGUUCACGCCGUCGGCGAUGGCAGUCGAGGCGCUGGGCGCGGCUGCGCGCUGGCUGCCGAGUGUUCUCCCGCAGAAGCUCUCGCUCAACUGUGUCGAGCGGGUCAUGCAGUCGCGGCCGUGGCGCGGAGCGACGACACUGCAGGUGGUUACCAAGGAGAAGCGGGUAUUUGAGUUUGCCUUUGGCGCUGCGGGCGACGAGGUGUGUGCCCAGGUCGAGGCCGCCAUCGCAGCACACGCCUUCCGUGGACCGUCGCUGGUCCUAGCCUUUGCGCCGCACAUGGUGCGGCGGUGGGAGUACGACGUGUUUGCAGAGUUUGCCCGAAUGGGCGUGACAACCUCUGCCGGCAGCUCAUCGUCGACAGGCACGCAUCCGACGCUCGAGCUGCCGAUGCCCGAGCUGCCAAGCCCGACUGCGCACCUAUGGCGGUUGUCCCAGGCAAACAGCUUGUUUCGCAUCUGUGCCACCUAUCCGCCGGUCUUGGGAUUCCCGGCGAGCGUUGACGACGAGCUUGUGACGCAGGCGGCGCGGUUCCGUUCCAAGGACCGGCUCCCUGCGCUCUCGUGGCUCCAUCCACGGACCGGAGCGGCUAUUGUGCGCUGUGCACAGCCGCUGACUGGGCUCGCGGGCCGGCGAUCGCCUGCCGACGAGCAGUUGCUCAACGCCAUCAAGGCCGCCAACCCGGCGUCGGGCACGCUGCACAUUCUGGACGCCCGACCGCGGGCUAACGCGCUCGGCAACUCGGUCAAGGGUGCCGGCUACGAGCGGGUAGCCAACUACGACUCGGUCGACCUGGCGUACAUGGACAUUGGCAAUAUCCACGUCGUCCGCUCGUCGAUGGGCAAGCUCCGAGAUCUGGUUGCCGAGCCGAGCUCGAGCGAUCCCGCAGCUCAGUCCAAGUGGCUCUCCACCCUCGAGUCGACCCGCUGGCUGGAGCUUCAGCGGACGCUGCUGGCGGCGGUGCUGGCUGUUGUCGAAUUUGUCGACCGUGCCGCAGAGUCGGUUGUUGUCCACUGCUCUGACGGCUGGGACCGAACUGCACAGAUGUGUGCGCUCGCCGAGCUGAUCCUCGACCCAUACUACCGGACGCUCGAUGGGUUUGCCGUCCUCAUCGAGAAGGAGUGGUGCUCGUUUGGCUACCGGUUUGCACGGCGUGCCGGUCAGCUCUGUCCGGACUAUGAGGAUGACCAGCGGGCGCCGAUCUUUGUCCAAUUCCUGGACGCGGUGUGGCAAAUCAUGUCUCAGGCGCCUUCCGCCUUUGAGUUUAACGAGUCCUUGCUCAUCGCCAUCAUCGAUGCUCGCUACUCGGGAAGGUACGGUACCUUUCUCUUUGACUGCCCGCGGGAGCGGCUCGACCAUCGCGUCGAUGAAGUCACCAGCUCGCUUUGGGCAGUCCUCUUUGACAGCGCUCGCCGUUCCCGCUGGCUCAACCCGAACUACUCGCCAGACCCAGGUGUCCUCCCCGUUAUCGCCUCGCUGACCCGCCUCCACUUGUGGGAGGCGUACUUUAUGCGAUGGCACCCGCACAUGCGGUACGUUGCUUCCGCCGCGCUUUCUGAUCUCGACGACGCGUCACCGCCGCCGGAUCCUCUCGGCUGACUGCCGUCAGAACGCGGACCAUACUUUGUGGGCAACGCUGCGCAGCAUAGCAAAUGUGACGCUAAAGAGGAAGAACAACCAGA